UUCCUCUCCGCCUGGUUUGCCAAUCUUCCCUUCCCUCAGUGCAUCAGUGGCUUCUGUCAACGAAGCCCUCACUAUUGGAACUAUGCCGCAGAGAGUUUCUUUUUAAAGGCACCGCGGCGGUAUAAAUCCUCAAAACCAGCUUUUCAGCUCCCACACUGUCGACAGUCCAUCAUGUUGUCCCGGCUGAGGAGCAGCUUUUCCUUGAGGCCUGCCUGUGUGUCUGCCUGCAGAUGGGCACACACCAAAGAGAAGGGCAAGCCAUUAAUGCUCAACCCCCGCACCAACAAAGGAAUGGCCUUCUCUUUACAGGAGCGACAGAUAUUGGGCUUGCACGGCCUCCUGCCUCCGAAAGUAGAAACACAAGACCUCCAGGCCAUGCGCUUCCAGAACAAUCUCAAGAAAAUGACAGAUCCGCUUGAAAAGUAUAUCUAUUUAAUGGGCAUCCAGGAGAGAAACGAGAGGCUCUUUUACAGAGUGCUGAUGGGAGACAUCGAGGAGCUGAUGCCCAUCGUCUACACCCCCACCGUUGGCCUGGCCUGCACACAGUACGGACACAUCUUUCGACGACCCAAGGGCUUGUUUAUCUCGAUUCUGGAUAAAGGACACAUCCGCUCCAUCUUGGACAACUGGCCAGAGACCAAUGUGGCUGCAGUCGUUGUGACCGAUGGAGAACGUAUUUUAGGCCUGGGCGACCUGGGUGUUUACGGCAUGGGAAUCCCUGUUGGCAAACUCUGCCUGUACACAGCGUGCGCUGGCAUCAGACCUGAGAAAUGUCUGCCCGUCGUGAUUGACGUCGGCACGGACAACGAGACUCUCCUCAAGGAUCCGCUCUACAUGGGCCUGUACCAGAGGAGAGACCGCUCCCAGGCUUAUGACGACCUCAUCGAUGAGUUCAUGGAGGCCGUGGUGGACAAAUAUGGGCAGGACACGCUGAUCCAGUUUGAGGAUUUCGGGAACCACAACGCAUUUCGCUUCCUCAGGAAGUACAGGGAGAAGUACUGUACCUUCAACGAUGAUAUCCAAGGCACUGCAGCUGUGGCCCUCGCUGGUCUGCUUGCAGCUCAGAGGGCCACUGGGAAGCCCAUCACAGAGCACCGAGUGCUUUUCCUCGGAGCUGGAGAGGCUGCUCUCGGCAUCGCGAACCUGAUUGUCAUGGCCAUGAUGGAGUCGGGCAUGUCGCAGGCGGACGCCAGGCAGAAAAUCUGGAUGUUCGACAAAGAUGGCUUACUCGUAAAGGGAAGGUUGCAGGCGACGGACGGCAACCAGGAAGCAUUUGUUCAUGACAGUCCUGGUGACGUUCACAGCUUUUUGGAUGCUGUCAACACCAUAAGACCCACAGCUAUCAUUGGCGUGGCGGGAGCCGGUCGACUGUUCAGCCAUGAUGUCAUCAAAGCCAUGGGCGCCAUGAACGAGCGGCCCAUCAUCUUCGCCCUGAGCAACCCCACUGCCAAAGCAGAGUGUACUGCCGAGGAUGCCUACACGCUGACAGAUGGUAGAUGUCUUUUUGCCAGCGGUAGUCCAUUUAAUCCCGUGACUCUGAGUGACGGACGAGUCUUCACUCCUGGACAAGGCAACAACGCUUACAUCUUUCCAGGUGUGGCUCUGGCUGUCAUCCUGAGCGGAGUGCGCCACAUCAGCGACACGGUGUUCUUGGAGGCCGCCAAGACGCUGGCAGAGCAGGUGACCGACAAAGAGCUGGAAGAAGGCCGACUGUACCCGCCUCUCUCUAACAUCAGAGAGGUUUCUCUCCAGAUGGCUGUGAAGGUAGUGGAGUUCGUGUACGCCAAAGGCAUGGCGUUCCGCUACCCGGAGCCACUGGACAAGAAUGCCUUAGUGCAUGCCACCGUGUGGAACACAAACUACGACUCCUUCCUACCUGACACCUACGACUGGCCUGGGGUCAGCUUCAGCCCCGACUCUAAUCACUAGAAGUACACUCACUCCUCCUUUAGUUACCUUAUCCACUCCAUUUAUUACAAUCACGCUGCAAAGGACAACUGAAUAUGUAUUAUGUUACAUUUCAGCUGCCAUGUGACAGCAUGGCCAUUUUAGUUUGGAAUUGUGACUGUUCUAUAUAUAACUUCAACACUUGCAUCCCCUAGUGGUGAUAAAGGGCAGCACAAAAAUAUAGUUUAAGCACUGAAAGCUUUGAGUUGCACUAGCUGAGCAAACAAUUUAUUGGCAUUUAGAUUAAGCAGGGUACCCAUAUUUUGCGAUGAUUUUUAAAAAUGUGAACGAACCCACACAGGGUAAGGAAAACAUUUUUUAUUGUGUGUGGCGUACUCAAGAUGAGAAACUCCAAUCGUGUUAAACAGGUAUUAACAUUUACAAUUAUCAAGUCUGACCGUUUUACGAACAGAAUCACGAGGGAAAAGUCAGUUGUGUGUGUUUUAUGUUGUUGGGCUGCCAGUAAGGAUUCUAUUUGUGUAUUAAGUCUCCUUUAAAAGUACGCAAUCAGACAUCUUUUAGUUUGAGUACACCAUUUCCGCUCACUUACAUUCUUAAAAAAUAUUUAUAAUUGUGCGACGCUGAUUGAACAAGUUUCUAACCUUUUUAAUUAUUCAUUAAUUAUUAUAUUAUGCAGUAAUAUAUUUUCUGUGCCUUGCAGAUUUUUACAGCUAAAUCAACAUGAAAAAAAGGAGUAAAAUAUGUAGGUCUAUUUUUCUAUUGUACUGUAGGUAUGUUUUGAGAUGUUUUGUACACAAAAGGCAACUUUAUUUAUUGCUUCAUAUUGCUGCAUAGUUUAGUCAUUGUGAUCUCACACACUGGAAACAUGCAAACCUCACGGCCUAAAACUAAAUAUGAACCAAUUACUUUGAUAUAAACUUGAUGUAUAGGACAUUGUUGAAUGCCAGGACAUCUUUUAACACCGUUUUAAUCAAUUGUAAUCAUCUGUGCUGCCGCUAAAGGACUGCUAAACGUCAAGUUUGUUAGAUGUCGUAUCCAGAAUACAGCUUUUACUGUCAUACUGCAUGUAGUCUGUUUAAAAUGUAUUUAUUUCAAGAAAAUCUCAAUUAAGUGUCGUCUGUGUUGCCGCUGUACUGUAUGUCAUGAGUGUAUAUGUAUUGUGGUAUCAUAAAAUGUUUCUUUGUACUGAAUAGUAAAAUGGCCUCACCCUCUGUUUGCUGAGAUUCCAAUAUUGAUGCCGCUUAUUAAUAAUUGUUUGUUUAAAGAGGUGAAUAAAAAUGUUAAAAUGUA